GAAACACCUGGGUCACAGCAGCGCGACUCGUCCGGUGUUUUCUUUCAUGUAUUCCCACCACUUGGAGUGCUGUUGGGUCCCGUAACCUUGUGUUAUUCUGCGUGGUGUAUCAACCAACCACAUCAUAGUAGCAUGUCUCAAGUUUCGAGCCAGUUUAUAGCACCUACCCUGGCCGUGAUUGUACUCCAUUAAGCUGCUAAUGAGAGUGUUUGGCUCUUGUUGCUCCACGUGAUGCCUCGCAGGAAGAAGAGCGGCCAGAGCCCAGCGAGGCAGCCCGGCGGGCCACCGGGCCAGACCCCGGGCCAGACCCCGGGUCACCCACUCCCCCCCCAGGGACACGAUCACGGGGCCAUGGGCAGCAGCAGCUUCCCUCCGGACACCCCGGCUCUCAGCAGCGCCGUCAAGGAGAACAUCGUCCAGCACAUGCAGGAGAUGUUUUCACACCUGGACCCGGAGGUUAUAUACAUCGUCCUCUCCGAGUGUGACUUCAAAGUUGAGAACGCAAUGGACUCCCUCCUGGAGCUGUCCGUGGCAGCCGAAGUUGCAGUUCCAGUUACGACUCCGGUUUCCGGCUUUGAGCGGACUGCUGCAGCCUUGCUCAGCCAACGACGCCUUUCUGAGACAAGAUCUGACAAACACUCCCCCAGGGCAUCGGCGCAGCCCCCUUCUCCUCCUUCCCCUAACCAGCUAACAGAUGACCUGGACCUGCUUAUUGAUCAAGAGUUGGAGACACUCAAUGCAGAGCAGGAUUUUAAGGAGGGGCGCCACAGCAGCGCGUUGUUAACUGCUGGCGGUCCACUUGUGUCUUUCCCCCCACCACUUGUCCCCCAGCAAGCACUCCCAGAGCUGCUUCAGAGCAGCCUAGUGGCUGCUAGCAGAGAGCUCUGCGCCGAGCAGCCGUCCCUAGCAGGAGGAUCUGUGGAGCAUUUUUCUGGCACUUCCUCUUCACUCAACCGGCUCAAAACAUGGGAAGAUGAGGUACCAAAGAAACAGAGCGAUGUCCUGGAUUUCUCUCACCUCAUGAAAGAGACUUCCCCAGAGAAGCCAAAACCUCCUUUGGACCUGGCGGCCUCAGGACGCCCGUCAGCUUUCCAGGUGUAUAAAAAACAGGACUCAGCAGGCUCUGUUUCUGAGAAGACGGAGCAGUUCAAUACAACAAUCAAUGGAGCACGGUCUAAAGUGAGCUCACUGAACUGCAAUCCUCAUGGCUAUAUGUCGUGGAACUUGGAGGCACCAGUGUUUGCACCUAAUUUCCAUGGAAACCAAGGGCCAUCCUUCAUUACUCCAGUGGCUCAAACACCCUCUGCAUGGCUCAACCCGACCAGGCAUCCCUUUCCUUGGCUAAAUCAGGGCUCUAUAAGUCGAGCACCUCUCAAACCUUCUACAGCUGUUCCCAAGUCUUGGACCCAACCAGCUGCCCCACCGGGUCCAGCCCACAGCAACCGGCUACGUCUGCAAGGGAAGGUGCUCGUGCUGCUCCGCGGCGCUCCUGGAUCCGGCAAGUCAACAUUGGCGAGAGCCUUGUUGGAGCACAACCCGGGCGGAGUUAUACUAACUACUGACGAUUACUUCCUUCGUAACGGAGAGUACCAUUUUAACCCCAGAGCUCUGGGGGAGGCGCAUGAAUGGAACCAUAAACGAGCCAGAGAGGCUUUUGAGAGGGGCGCCAACCCCAUCAUCAUCGACAACACCAACAUGCAGGGCUGGGAGAUGAAACCCUAUGUGGCUCAGGCACCGAAGCAUGGAUAUAAGGUGCUGUUCAAAGAGCCGGAUACCUGGUGGAGACACAAGCCCAAAGAGCUGGUGAGACGUACUACACAUAACGUACACGUGGAAUCGAUCCGCCGCAUGCUGGAUGGAUAUGAGCGCUUUGUCACCAUCCCGGGUAUUAUGGGUUCGCACAUGCCCGAGUAUAAACAACAGCUUCUUCAGGAGAACAAAGCUUCACAGUUAGUGUCUUCUGACACAACGUGCCCGGACCUCAUAGGCCAGCCGGGAUUGGCUGAGGGGGGUAACAAGUCCCACCCUCCACUGUUUUCCUCCCUCCCCGACGUGUCAUCGAUCAGUCAUCCCAGAGAGGAUAGAAUACAGAAAGACGGUACUCCCAAGUCUGCCGAGUCACUCAAUCUCCUCCUUGAUGAAGGACCUACAACCAACUCUGAUAUUUCUGAUGACGAUGAUGACGAUGAUGAUGAUAUGGAUUUGGGUGAACUGGAUUCUGAGCUGGACAGCCAGUUAGAGUUGAACCCCCCAACCGGAGACCACACGAUCCCCGACUGUAUCGUGGAAUCAGUGAUGAAUGAAGAUUACUGCGCAGAUGAAAUACAUGAUGCUUUCUCUGAAUCCAUCGGACAAAGAGUGAGGAGAGAGAGGCCGAGCAGGAGGUCUGGUUUAAACAGGGAAGAGUCAACCGAUCUGUUGAAAGAUACCAACCAGCCCGACAAAGAAAGCUCAAAGGACGAGGAUGCAGAAGGGGGUGAAGAGGAGAGAGAGUUUCAGAUGUUGAAUUUUGUCGGAGAUUGGCCUUCUUCUUCCGAGGGGUCUCUCCAGCAGCGACAGGCGAGGACGAGAGGAAGCAACGGAAAACCUCAUGUCAAGGAAACCCAGGAAGGAGGCAGCGACGAUGUGAGUUCAGCUCCUGACGUAACCGAGUUUCGGAAGCUUCUUGAUCUUAUCCAGACUGGUGAUGCUCCGGUUCAGACGAGCUCCUCCCACUCUCGCUCAGUUUCCCCGAGCUCCGGAAAGGAAUUUGGGAGAGAGGAUGAGGCCGGUGGCGCGUUUAUGGAAGCCAAUACCAGCAGGUCUAGCAGCGAAGAGAGACAGCCGAGCGUGAACAGUGUCGGCAACAGCAGACGGGAGUUACCUGACUGUGUGUUAGACGGGAAGGCAGUUGACUCUUGUGUCAGCUCUGAUUUCAGAGGUGACGACUGGGAGGGAAUUAAAAUAGAAAAUGAGGCAAGUAACAUCCCAGAAAGGGAUCCCACUACGUCAGACACUCAUAGAAAAACGGAGGAUUUGAAAUUAGCUGUUUCCCGGGGCGAUAAUGAAGCGGGAAGUCUCCGUAUCGAAGACGAGACGAACGUGCAAGUCGACGUGGACUCAAAUGGCUGCAAAAACAAUGACCCUGGAGCUGAAGCUGGCGGCGGCAGCGGCGUUGGUGAAAUAUGUCCGGUGUUUGAGGACUCUGUGGAAUCAGAAAGUAGUGGAAGCAGUUACGAAAAAAAGCAGCAGCAGCAGCAGGGCCGAAGGUCCGGCAAGCAGUGCAAGCUCGCCCUCACCUUCACCCAAAACUGCCCCGAUGCAUCCCCGAAUGACCCGGACUGUCCGAGUACCACGGCUGCAAACACUGACAGUGCUGAAAACGUCCUCAUCUUUGAUCCUCAGUCGUGCACCAGUCUCGACCUUUAUGGCGAGUGCAGUUCUGAGGAACACCUACCACUUCUCGAUGAGUUGGGCUAUUUCACUCAGACGGAACCUCAGGACUUUGCUCUGCUUUGGCGUCUCAAUCGCCCCGGUAACUCCGAUGACACCGUCCUCAGCGCCAGCGGCCGCUCCAGCGACAUCAGGGUCAUGUACGGCGACUCCUCUCGCUUCGUGCCAGCAGAGCUCUCCGCGGCGUCUGCAGCAGCGAACGUGCCGUACCGCGUGGUGCACGAGAGGGGGACGCAGGUGGAGGAGAAAGAACUCGGAGUGACUCAAGACCGACUCGAGAGCUUGCAUAUUCUAAGCCGUCAUUUUAGGCUCGUUUGCUUUGAUACGUUAGAGGACCUGUAUGACAAUUGUCAUCAGGACUUAGAAUGGACCACCAACCUGCUCCUGGACUCUGGAGAGAGGUUCUUUAAGGAUGAAAAUGCUGAGCGGGAUUUUGCAGAUGAUGACGGGUACAUUAUGUCACGUCUGGUCGGAGAUCCAUGCGAUGCUGAAGAAACUGGUAAAUUCCCUGAUUUGUUAGAUGAACAUCAACACGAAGGAGCGGAACCAGAAGCAGAGCCGACUGGGACUGAGGACACGGCCCGGCAGGUCAACAAGUCAGCUGACGGGGCCAGCAGCACAGACGCGUCAAGUGUCGGAAGUUCCUCCGUUGGUUUUACAAAUGAAGCUCAGUCAGAUGCAAUUUCAGACGUGGAAAAGUCUCCUCAAACAGAAGUGUGUCUGGCUAAAGCAGUAAAAGAAUUGCAGCGAAACGAUAACGCCGACUACAACGGCAUAUCAGAGCCGGGCCUACAAGCUGGAGCUUGGGGCGGGAGCUUGGAUAAUGUAGACACAGUUAAAGAAACGGGGUCUGAGAUUGAGGAUGACAUGGCCAGCAUGGACGAGAUCAAUCGACUGUUGCAGGCUGAACUAGAGGAGAUUGAGAGAGAGGGAAAACAGAGGAAAGAGAAGAAAUUGAGCGGACAUUUGGACAUCCAGACCGUGGAGCUGAAACUCCCCACUGAGCUGGCACUGCAGUUAAGUGAGCUGUUCGGUCCUGUUGGAGUAGACCCAGGUACGUGCUCCGACGACGACUUCUCCGUGCAGAUGGACCUGAGUCUGGCUAAACUGCUCCACCAGAAGUGGAAGGAAACGAUCCAGGAAAAGCAAAGACAAGCCAGUCUUUGUUUUCACUUGCUUCAGGAAAAUUCACAAGUGGCCAAAAAUGGGUCACAGUUGAUGAGUUUCCUGGCUGGCAAAGAUGCUUGCACGUCACUGGCUGACCAGCCAGAAGCUUGCAGUCGGAUGCCGUACAUGGACCACUGGAACAUUCCCCGCCCACACGUCUCACUCCGAGAUAUUAUAAAAGAGGAGCAGGCUCUGCAGGAGACGGUGCAGAAGAGCAGACAAAGUCGCGCAGACCUCGAUAAGCGGGACGGCGCCACAAUGUUGAAGGAGAAGCAACUGUACUCCCUGUUUCCCGCCAUUGACCAACUCUUUCUCCUGGACAUCUUCAGAGACCACAAUUACAACCUGACGCAGACAGAACUGUUCCUCCGCUCUCUGCUGAAUGAGGAACCCGUGAAGACGGUUGUCGCUCCAGAAGCCCCUCGCACGGACCACCACAGAGCCGCCAGCAAAGACAGAGAAAAGAGGCAAAAGGCCGUGGAGUCAGCUGUACCCGACUAUCAGGACACGGAGUAUCCAGAGUACGAAGACUUCCGGGCCGAGGCCAGCCUGCAGAGGAAGCGACGGCUUGAGAGUUUUUCCAAGGCUGCAGAAGCCUUCAAGCAGGGACACAGAGAAGUGGCCUCGUUUUAUGCGCAGCAGGGUCACCUGCACGGCCAGCGAAUGCAUGAGGCCAAUCGUCGUGCAGCAGUUCAGAUUUUUGACAGGGUCAACGCGUCGCUGCUGCCAAAAAACAUCCUGGACCUCCACGGGCUUCACGUGGACGAGGCCCUGCAUCACCUGGCUCAUGUCUUGCAGGAUAAAUCCGCAGACUAUGAGCGGGGUCUGUGUCAACCUCAACUCUCUGUCAUCACAGGAAGAGGGAACCACAGUCAAGGGGGAGUGGCCCGCAUCCGUCCCGCUGUUAUAGACUACCUCACCAACAAACACUACAGGUUCACUGAGCCAAAGCCAGGUCUCGUGAUGGUCUCUCUGAAGUGAAAAGAUCUUCUUUCAUGCUGCUAUGGAGGGCGAGCCUCUUAUCGCUCGCUCCUCACGCCUUCAGUAAAAGUAUAACGAUGUAUAUAGUGUGUGUGACAUAUCACACGGUCGUGUUUGUUUUUAUGUUCUUCUCAUCUCCAGUUCAGUCUAUUUUUCACCCCAUGGGAAUGGAAUGCAUUAGUGCGAAAUAUUAAAAAAAAAAGUUGAUUCUGUAUGAACAAUAUAACUCUAGAAUGUAUGUAUAUUUUAACUUUAAACUUUUUACUGUUCUGUUUUAGACUGAACAGAUCCUGUUUAGCAGGUUCCAUGUUCAGAAUGUUGCUAUUUAAUCUUUAAACGCUACUGCUACUGUUACUGAAUCAUGUUUGGGUUAUGACGUACAUAUUUUAUCGAAGAUUUUUUGGAUCAUUAUUCCUUGGUGCCUGCCUGGAGCUUCUCCAGUUUUUAAUCUUUUUCGAGGCAGAAUAAGAUUAUUGAGAUACCUGGAUUCAAGUACAGCAAUGUGAGACGUGGUCACAGAGCCUCGUGCUUUUCUUUUGAAUUUAGUGUUCGGUGGCCAAGUCAGUCUGAAACUUGGUGAUCAAAGGCAGAACAAAAUGGGUCGUUUGAGAACCUCCACUCACAUGCAGCAGCUGGACAAGUUUGUCUUAGCACCUGACUUGUGUAACAUUAAUGAUUCUUUUAAAAUACAUUUAAUUACCACAUUAGUCCUUACACAGGUAAAAAGUUGAAAAAACUCAGGUGGUGUUCUGUGUUAAUUGUUCUUCUCUUUUAGCUACGAGGAACGUCAUGCCAAAUUUAGCAGCGGCCAUUUUCCAAAGAUUAGUUUUAUAUGUCUGAAAUUGCCUCUGAUUUUUCUGCCUAAGUGAUAUUUUUCAUAAAGUUUAGAUUUUCUUAUUGUAAAUAAUUUUGGAAGCACAUGAGAUAUGAAGAGAAUAUUGUAUUUUUUAAAAUGUUUUACAGAUGUUGAUGAUGUGUGAAAUAAAACUCUAUUUGUCUACUUUA